ACGUGCGGUGCAACAGAAUCUCAGAUUUCAGUCCGUUUGUUUCCGCUAUCCCAUCCCUUUUCGUGGAUUCCGUAUCUCCAUUCAGUCCCAUCUCCCGCCGGCGACUCGCGAAUCGCGAUGGCCCCGUGCCGCCGCGCCGCCGCCGCUCCCUCGGAAUCCGCGCGGCCGCUCGCCGGCUGCGGCAACGCGAGGGUCUCGCCGGAGAUCUCAGCGGAACAGGUGGCCGACGAGGGGAGGUGGUCCGCGCUGGUGCCCGAGCUGCUCGCCGACAUCCUGCGGCGCGUGCACGCCGGCGCCGAGAGGUGGCCGCGGCGGCGCGACGUGGUGGCCUGCGCCUGCGUCUGCCGCAGGUGGCGCGACGCGACCGUCGCCCUGGUGCGGCCGCCGCUCGAGUGGGGGGGGAUCACCUUCCUCUCCUCGCUGAAGCAGCCUGGACCAAGGGAUGAGCCAAUAAAGUGUUUCAUCAAGAGGAACAAGAAAAAUUCAAUUUUUUACCUCUAUCUCAGCUUAACACAAGCCCUAACAGAUCAAGGAAAGUUUCUGUUGGCAGCUCGUAGGAUCAGGUGUGGGUUGCGCAUGGAAUAUAUCAUCUCUAUUCACUCAGAUGAUUUCGCUCAUAGAAGUCAUGUCGGAAAGCUAAAGUCUGACUUCACGAGAACAAAGUUUGCCAUUUAUGACAGACAGACACUAUAUGAAGGCUCUAAGGUCUCAAGCAGGAGAUCCAGUAGCUGGUUUGCGAGAAAACAAAAAAACCCUUUUGUUUCCACUGACAAUGUUGAAGUCGGACGAGUAUCCUAUGAGUACAACCUUCUCAAAUCAAGAGGACCCCGAAAAAUACAGUGCAGCAUACAGUGCCCUGUCCAUGAGGGUACUGCAAUAGAUCAAGAAGAGGCAAAACAACCCAGCGCCCCUAGACCUUUGGUUCUGAACAACAAAAUACCACGGUGGCAUGAGCAUCUGCAGUGCUGGUGCUUGAAUUUUCAUGGUCGGGUUAUGGUUGCCUCUGUGAAGAACUUUCAACUUGUUGCUCCAGUGGGCACCGGGGAGCCAUGGGGUGUUCGGGAUGAUGAGACAGUGAUACUUCAGUUCGGAAAAAUUGGGGAGGACAUUUUUACAAUGGACUAUCAGCAGCCUCUGUCUGCAUUCCAGGCGUUUGCGAUCUGCCUCACCAGUUUUGGGUCAAAGUUGGCUUGUGAAUAGGCAGCCCGAUGUACUUAUCAUCCUUCUUCUGUAGCCAUCGCAUGAACUAGGAUAUCUGUUGAUCCUGGAGGAAGGGUAAAUGAUGGUACCCGUAAUUGUAUCUCCAUCAGUCCGUUGUAGCAAACAUGCUCGUCUAUUCUGGCGAGAGUGACCCGAAUAAUCAGUUUUAAUGUAA